AUAAAAGCUGAGAGGGGCCCACCGCACUCACACACCCAGAGAACGCCACAGAGCCUGAAUCUGCCCCCCGCACGUACACACUGCCACAGUCAUCAUGUCAGCAGGAGGAGAGAAGGCUAAGACUGCUUCCCAGACCGACGGGAAGGCCGCUCAGGGCAAGAGGUCUGAGAUGGGCAUGAUGUCCUACAAGAUGUCUGUGUUCGACCAGGAGAACUUCCAGGGUCGCAGCAUUGAGAUCACCAAUGAGUGCAUGAAUGUGUGUGAGAUGGGCAUGGACAGGGUGCGCUCCAUUCGUGUCGACUGUGGACCUUUUGUGGGCUUUGAGCAGAUGAACUUCUGUGGAGAGAUGUUCAUCCUGGAGAAGGGAGAGUACCCUCGCUGGGACUCUUGGAGCAACUGCCAGAAGAACGACUACCUGCUGUCCUUCAGGCCUGUCCGCAUGGACCCUGAGAAGCACAAGAUCUGCCUGUUUGAGGUGGGCCAGUUCAAGGGUCGUAAGAUGGAGAUCAUGGAUGAUGACGUUCCCAGCCUGUUCUCAUACGGCUUCACUGAUAGGGUCGGCAGCAUCAUGGUCAGCUGCGGAACUUUUGUGGGCUACCAGUUCCCUGGCUACCGUGGCAGCCAGUACCUGCUGGAGAAGGGAGAGUACAAGCACUUCAACGAGUAUGGCGCCCGCUGCCCUCAGAUGCAGUCUGUCAGACGCAUCCGCGACAUGCAGUGGCACCCCCAUGGCUGCUACACCAUGGCCAGCAAGUGAGAAGCAGGGAGGGUAAAGAGGAGAGUGAGCGGGGCGGAGGGAGGGCAGGUGUAGAGAGGUGCAGGGGGAUAUAGGAGAUGUAGAAAGGAAAGCAAAGAAGGGAGGAGAGGAAACUGUAGGAAGAUUGCUCUGCCUCCACCUUUCCACUCUGAAGUCUUGCGGAGGAUAAAUCUUGUAGGAUGACGAGUAAGGAGGAGAGGGUUGGGGAUGCAAUGGAAAACAAAUUGGGGGGGGAAGAACGCCACCUAGUGGGAAAAAAAGAGUGCUCUGUUCUUUUUUGGGGAUAGAUAAGCCAGCAAUGAAAACACAUUAACCAUGAUUAACAGAUAAACUUAACAGAUCAAGAUCUGGUCUGUAAAUAGAUCUAUAUUUUCUCUCUCCCUGUUUGAAAGCCUAUUCUGCCAUCCAUUCCCAUUGAUCCUCUUUUUGACCCUCACUCUCCUUAAUUGUCAUCCCACUUAUCUUCCACCUGACUUCAUCAUCAAAUCACAUGGCUUAAUUGACACUGAUAGGGAAGGGUGUGUCUGUUUGCUUGUGUUUGUGUGGGUGAGGAGAGAGGGCAUCGGUUACUGUGGAUACUGCUGGGAAGGGAUUUGUGGGAAAUUGAGAUUCCACCCAUACCUUUUUUGGCAGCCAUUCCAAUUGAUGCACACAGACGCCAGACUCUGCUCCUUCUUCAAUCUGAACCCAAAUAAAGAGACUCUAAACCAUU